CUUAGAUGCUCAUUUUAGGAGCAAUAGCAGGAGCCACUGUUAUUUGCCACUCACCCCAUUGAAAACUUACCAAACCAAUGGUUUUUGUCAUGGAAGCUGGCUGAGGCUGUAGCAAAAGCAAGCAGACAAUAAUGGGCUUACGAUUUUUGUCUGCCAUUCAGCUUGCUGCAGGGGGAUUCUUAACUGCCUAAGUCUGAUCACGGUAUUGCAGUGAGAUUGUAGGAACACUGGCCUCAGAAUCAAGUCAGAAUUUUACCUCUGCCUUGUUCCUUGAACCCAAAUCUGUACACUCACAAGCUCGAAUGUUUGUGCCUCUUUCAGUGGGAUGGAUAAAGAGUUUAAAGCCCCUGUUAGUGCUGCCCAAUUCCGUGCUCCCUGCAGAGAAAAAAAAGUCUCCUGGCAGCCUCAAGCUGUUUUUAAACGAGACAAAUGCCCGGGGUGCCUGUCUGCCAGAGCCCCCAGCCUGUACACCAAGUCCCUUUUUAGCACGCUUCUCCGCGCAGCUAUAUCUGGCUCCAGUUCUUUGCUCUGGGAACGUGACCUCAUCGUUGUUUUGGUAUUUCCAGUGAUUCAGCCCAGUCCGGGGUAGGGAGGAGUCAUUCCUGGUGCAGGCUGACAGGGUGUCUGUGCGUUGCUGGAAUUCCAGAGCAGUGCAGCCCCAGCCCUUCCGCUCCCUUGACAGCUCUGCUGAGGUUGGGCUGGUGCAUUGCAUUCCUGCCUGGCAGAUGGCCUGGACGCAGCUGGUACAGAGACUGAAGCUCCUGCUUUUGGGGGUAAUGGGGAUCCCUGUCUUUGCAGCGUAUCUGCCGUGGUGAGGGUGAAGAAAGCUACGUGCAGUAGCUUGAAUGCCUGGGAGAGCCACAAGGAGUCUCUGCUUUAUGGGUGGAAGAAGAGUCUCGCAGAAUGCUCACUACUGUUUACAGACUGCCAGCAUCCCGUAAUGAAGUUAACUUUACAACAUCUGCAGCAACGUGCUGCGUUCCCAUGCACUUCUCUGCAUUGGCUUCUCUGACAUGUAGAAGGGAAGACAAGAGGGAAACGCAUUCCAGACUGUCCUGGAGGCACUUGCAGGCUGGACGUCCGGGUAUCUGAAUUCCCUCAUGAGAAGUGUCCUCCCCGCCUCUCAUGUGCAGCCCUAUCUGUCCAUGGGUAGCACCAGCUUAACUGAUGUCCUGAAGAGCAUUCCUCACCAUGGAUAGUCCACCCAAACUGACUGGUGAGACGCUGAUUGUCCAUCACAUUCCCCUGGUGCAUUGCCAGGUCCCCGACAGACAGUGCUGCUCCGUGAGCAAAAGGACCAAUCCCUUCUGCCAGCCAGAGCUCAGCAUUACACGGACCUCUGCCCUUCCAGACAGAGACCUUUCACAGACUGACUCCCUGGUGUACAGCAGCUUUCUCCAGACCUCCGAAACCUCAGCAGAGGCCUCAGACAAGAAAGAAGGCAAAGCAAGGGAUUUGAUUGUCCCUAGUGCCAGCAAGCGACACAACCCUUUCCUGCUGAGUGAGGGUGAAGACCUCAGCUUCUUUGGGGAUGACUUGGGUCAAAAAUCUUUCCAUCUUCACAACUCACUUGUGGCUGGCAAACCUCCCUUUCAUCUGCACGAGCUGGCCUUGCCCCCUUUCCACCUCCACGACUCCAAGCACAUUGUGAAAUCCUGGAACAUGGCUAGCCGGUCCGGUGUGGUAGACGGGCAAGAGGACAAAAUCAGCAGUGACGACGUCCAGAAGAGGAACAACGCAAACAGGUGUCACCACGCCUCAGAACGCAUGGAGCUGGAUGAAUGCAGCUGCCAUCGUGGCAGCUCCUCCAGCUUCUCCUUCGACGGUGGUGACCAGGAGUGGAACCAGAACACGGGUGAAUUGCUGAGGAAUCAGGAUGCCCUGCACAGCCGGACAUGCAGCUGUUCCAGUUCGGAGCUCCAGCACUGUCGCUGCUACAGUUCAUCAAGUCAGUCUGAGGUGAUUGACCAACAGAUGGGCUACAUCAGUGACUCUUCCUGCAACAGCUCUGAUGGGGUGCUGGUGAACUUCAGUGCUCUCUACAACAAAAUGAAUGGUCAGUCUCGAUCUAACCUGAAUUCAGCCAACCUGUCCUGUGACUCUUCCUUCUGCAGCCACUCGGACACAGGAGCUUUUUACCUGGAUUUGCAUUCAUCACCCACAGAAUCCAAGAUGUCUUGCGAGUCGCAUCACCCAGAGAGUUCAGGGAAGGUGUGUGGGUGUCAACACUCCUCCUCACCUGUUCUUGAUGCUAACUGCAACUCCUACCACCUCCACUGUGAGCCUUGUGCUUCAGAGAGCUCAGACCUCACUGCCUGCUUACAGAGCCAAGCACGGCUUGUUGUGGCUACUCAGAAUUACUAUAAGUUAGUCACAUGUGACUUGUCUUCCCAGUCAUCCCCCAGCCCGGCAGGAUCUUCCAUAACUAGCUGCUCAGAAGACCAUACCAAAGGUAGUCCAGCCCAGCCCACUGAAUACUAUCUGUUCAGAAGGCCUGACCUGAGACAAGAAGAAAGCAACGUGGAGUGCAGUGAAGAGGAGGCAAAGGGAGAAUCCGCCCAAAACAUGAUUGAGGGUCAGGUCUAUGUGAACGUGUCACCACCUAACCUCAACACAAGCCGGCAGCGCUCCAGGAGCUAUGACCAGAACCUGGACAGGAGUCCCAGCAGCAGGCUGGGCUCCUUGGAGCGCAUGGUAAGCUGUCCGGUCAAGCUGAGUGAAAGUCCAGCAAUACCUAUCCAGAGUUCUCCCCCGAAACGAGUGACAUCUUUUGCUGAACUGGCUAAAGGCCGGAAAAAGAAUGGCACCUCCCCACCACUCCGGUCCAGUGGUGAUUCCUCCUUGGAGUUCUCUCCUAUCCCUGAGACACAGCGGGAUUGCCCAACCUUCCUUGAAGAAAGAGCUCGCCGCAGCCAGAGUCUUCCACCCAUGCCUUUCGUCCAUGGCCUGAACCGGAGCUGCGAGGGCUUCUGUUUGAAUCAUGCUUUUGGGGACAGCCAGGCUUUGAGUUCCACCAAAGACUCGGUCUCCGGUGAGAAGGUCCCCAGUGGGCAUGGGGCAGGUGAGCAAGCCUCUCUCUCCCUGCUGACGGAGGCAGAUGCCAGCUUCUCAGGUGGCUCUGCCAGUGGCCACGGACAAAGAGGUGCUAGAGCCCGAGCAGACGGUGGUGGCACAGACAGCAAGCCUGUGGUACGCUACAGCAAGGACCAGCGUCCCACGACUCUGCCCAUCCAGCCCUUUGUUUUCCAGCACCAUUUCAGCAAGCCACCCAAGGCUCGUGCCCUGCACAGCCAUUUUGCUUCCAGCCUUUCCCAACUCUACAGCUUGUCCAGCAACCGGUCUGCCAGCCAGCAGAUCUCCUCCAAUUCCCAGUCCUCAGCCUCGGCCACCUUGGCAGAGCAGGCGGUGGUGGCGGGGAGCCAAGCCCACAGCACGCUCCUGACCCAACGUUCAGCGGAUGGAGCUGCCUCCCGCAAUGAUGGCUGCAUUAAGAAGCCUGCACCGGAGACAACCCGGCCGUCCCCCCUGGGGAGUUACUCUCCUGUGCGAUGCAACGUGCCUUUCUUUCAAAGCGUGGACUCCUCUUCCUCACCCACCGCGGAGAGAGCUGGAGAGAGCCAGCCCCCCAGGAGCAGGUCCUGCCCCAUCUCCGCCAGCCUGCUUCCCACGAGGUCUUCCCCGGCUGUCAGUGCCAUGCAGCCCUCCCAAGCCACCAAAGCUGAUGCCCUGAGGCAAAAGGAGAACGCCAAGCCGGUUCCCAAGAAGGAGGCACCGCUGGAGCCAAGCCCACCACUCUCUGAGUACCGGCUCCACACUGGGUCCCUCCCGCCCCUCUCGGUGGGUGGUAUGCCUGUGAGCAGAGUAGGAAGCCACACAGAUCCCCACUGGAGAAGUGGCGGUGAGACGAGCAGCUCUGGUCCCUUGAGCAGCAUGGGAAUACGGCCCCUCAAUGCGAACCACCUCUCUCCCCAAGCGCUGAAGUGGCGGGAGUACAGGCGGAGGAACCCCCUGGGUCUGGACCGCAUUUCGGGGCUGCCCAGCUUAGCAGGCAGCCUAGACAGGAGGCAGCAAGAGCCUCGGCUGAACCGGGGGAACCCCAUCUUUGAGCUCCCUGGCACUCUCAACACCAGCCAUUUCCACUGCAAGCUGAACGGACAGUCUAUGAGGCAACUCCAGCUUACCUACACUGACUUCUUCCCUGACUACUUCUCACUAGCAGAGAAACCCCCCGCUGAGUUCUGCCUCUCCCCAGAUGGCAACACAGAGUCCAUCUCCAUCGAUUUGCUGCAGAAGAAGGGUCUGGUGAAGGCAAUCAACACUGCUGUUGACCUGAUUGUGGCUCACUUUGGAACCAGCAGAGAUCCCGGGGUGAAGGCCAAACUUGGGAACAGCUCCGUGAGCCCCAAUGUGGGGCAUCUCAUCCUGAAAUACCUGUGCCCUGCUGUCCGGGACAUUCUGAGUGACGGGCUCAAGGCUUACGUCCUGGACAUGAUCAUUGGCCAGAGGAGGAACAUCCCCUGGAGCGUGGUGGAGGCAUCCACCCAGCUAGGCCCCUCUACCAAGUUGCUGCACAGCCUCUAUAGCAAGAUCAGCCAGUACAUGGAGCUCACCAACCACACCAUGAGGUUCAACGCAUUCAUCUUUGGCCUCCUCAAUAUCCGGUCCUUGGAGUUCUGGUUCAACCACCUCUACAACCAUGAAGAUAUCAUCCUGGCACACUACCAGCCAGUGGGCUUCUUGUGCCUGUCUCACAGCGUGUGCCAACCUCUUUUCGAGGAGCUCUUGCUCCUGCUCCAGCCUCUCUCCCUGCUGCCCUUCAACCUAGACCUCCUUUUCGAGCACCACCUGAUGCAGAUGGGCAAAGAGCAGCAGCAGCAAAAGGAGCUGCUGCGUGUGAAGCAAGACCUGCUGCUUUCCGCACACUCCACCCUGCAGCUGAUGCGGACGCGGGGCAGCAGUGAGGAUCCCGACGGCUGCAGCACUGCCCCCGAAGCAUGCAAAGCGAGUGCCAGAGAUGGUGACAUCUCGCCAGGCCACAGCCCCCAGCAAGCUGCGAGUGAGAGGGUCAAGGGGGUGGGUGCCUCCUGCGGAGAUGGCGACAGGGAGGAAGAGGGGAGGAAGACGCAAGAGAGCGCGUGGGAGGGGAAGAAGGACAAGCAGGCAGGCUGGUGGUACCAGCUCAUGCAGAGCUCUCAGAUUUACAUUGAGGGCUCGGCUGAAGGCUCAAAGUUCAUCCGCUAUGAGAAGAAGAAGAAGGCUUUGAAUACUGUGCCUAGGUCAGCAGAGACCCGCAAGGCACCACCCCCCCGCGAAGGGGUUGUGGAGGGUGCGGAGGCUUGCCCCAUUGCUGAGGGCACCUUGGAGGAGAGGCCCAAGGCUGCCAGCAAGCCAAGUCCUGAAACCAUGGAAGAGCCCUUGGAAAAGCCCCAGCAGGUACUGGUUGGCGAAGAGGUGAAGGAGCGGAGCUGGCCCUUCUGGAUGGGCAGCCCCCCAGACUCGGUGCUUACAGAGCUGAAGCACAGCAAGGAGAAGGAGACUGGGACUCAGCAAAGAGUGGGAACAGCAGCAGCAGCCUCCCGAGAGGAGAGCAGCACCAGUGCAUCAGAGGGCAGCCAGCCCAUCAAGUGGGGACACUUGUUUGGGUCCAGGAAGGUGCAGAAAGAGCACAGGCAGCCUAACAGGUUGCCCUCUGGCUGGCUGAGCUUGGACAAGUCUGUCUUCCAGCUGGUGGCCCAGACGGUCGGAGCAAGCAUGUGGCGAGAAGCAGCUCCUGAGCCGGAGCCCCCCCAGCCAGAGCCACCUGAAGUGGCCCCCGCGGCGCAGCCAGCCCGGGGGCUGUCUCCCCACCCUCCCUGUGACGUGAAAGCUCUUUGCCAUCACAUUGCCACCGAGGCAGGACAGCUGAGCUUCAAUAAAGGGGAUAUCCUGCAGGUCAUCUCCAAAGUGGAUGGUGACUGGCUGCAGUGCAGCCUCGGCUCCGAGAAGGGACUAGUGCCCAUCAUGUACGUCACCCACCCGGAGGACGAGGACUAUUGACGUGGCUGGGAAGCCAAGCACAGUACCGUGGGCUGCUGAGGCUCCUCUGGGGAAGCCCACCCUGCCAGAGGAACAGACACAGCUUCUUGCUAGUUUCUUACCUUUCUUGCCAUUACAGAAUACAGUAACCAUAGGUGGUUCCUUCUUGCUCCUCCUUGUGCAGCUGCCAAAGGCCAGCUUGGCCCCUGGGGUUUUCUGCGAGCUGCACCUCGUAUUGCCAGGCACCGCCGUGCAUGCAGCCACACUGGGGACCACCUGAGCCCCUUCCACCCCAUGCCAUCUCCAGCACCUGUAGGCUGUAGACUCGUACAUAGCAGGAACCCAAGCAGUCCCUGCCAGGGCAGCACUGCCCCACUGCCUGGCUCAGUAUCACACUGGAGGGUGCAGGAUGCUGGCUGUCCCCUCCCCAAGGGUGGCAGUGCAGUCUGCAGCCUUCAGCACCCCUGGCAUCAUCAGCCACAGGAGUGGGAGCACCGUGCAUUGGCAAGGUCCCUGCAAGGCUGGGCUGAUGGGUUGCAUUGCAGCUUGAUGGGGGCUGCGAGGUAGGUUCCCCUACUCUGUAGCAGCCCUGUCCUAACGUAUUAUAGUUGUGCCUGGUGGGUUGUACCGGGCCAAGUGGCCUGGCACUGCCAUGCGGCAGGGCUGGGGCUGUGCCUGGCCACGGCCAGGGGAGGGGGAAGGGGUAUGUGUGGAGGUGUGGGGGGUCAUGAGAAAGGGGUGUGGAUGUUCAGUGUUACGUAGGUCCGGGAUGGGUAGUGCCACCCUGUGCAGAGAUGGGUGCUUUGGGGGGUGGCCCUGUGCCCUCCACGCUGAGCAGGGAGCCAGUGCCUGGGAAGCCCUGGGAUGCUCAGUGGAGGGGGGUUGGAGGGGAGGUGGUGAGGGCAAGGUCCCUGACUGGGCUAGAGAUGCUCUUUGGAGUUGGGGGCAGCGCUCCCGGCAGGUAGAUUGGGGGAUGCUCCCAGAGGGAGCUGGGGAGGGAGGGGUGGUGCUCCCCUUGGCAGGGUUUCUGGUCUUGCUGAGCAGUGCUGUGGGGUGGGGGGGACAAGUGUUGUGCACGAGCACAAGGGGAUGCUGGGGGUCCUUGGUAGAGGCAAUGCCAGUCAACCCCUUUCUUGCCAUGUUCAUGCCGCCCGCUGGGGUGGGGAUCUUCACCUGCCUGUCAGGUGGGGAACAGUGUUAGUGAAAGGCCACGCCAGUAUUUGGUGCCUUGGCCGGGCUGACGCUGCUCGCAGCAUCGUGCCUGGGCUGGCUUCCCCAUGGCGAGGGGCCCUGGUCUUGCAAGGUUACCUCCUGCUUGUACAUCGCUUAGCGGACAUUGCACCAUAUUUAAUUUGUAUUUCCCCGUUAGAACGAGGUGUCUCGCCUUUAUUUAUUUCUUUAUUUAUGAUGCAUAUUAAUAAAAAAGGUGCUGAUUGA